AUGGCGAUGCACGACGCGCGUCGGCAGCAGGCCUAUGAGCGGGCCCAGGACAUCGAGCUCAUGCGGGAGUCCUACGUCGUCACGGUGGAGCUCGAGAAGGAGAAGGCCGCGUACGAGCGCUGGCUCGAGCUGCAUGAUCGCCAGAACCGACUACGCCGCAAGCGCCAGAUCCAGGAGGCGGAGCAUCUCAAGAUGAUCGAGAAGCGCCGCGCCGAUCUCGCGCGGCAGAAGGAGCGCCUGCUGCAGGAACGCCUCCAGCGAAUCGAGUCGGCCGCGCGGUAUUCGUAUAGGGGGUCCUCGAACCGCCUCCCCAGCACCUUUCUCUCUCAGAACACUUCGAUGCAUGAGGACAUGUCGAAUAGGCGCUUCUCCAUGGAGCGGCAGACGACGAACCUAAACAGUCGCAAGCAAUACGACGGGAAUAGGUGGGAGGAUCCAAAUGAGGGGAGUGCCGAUAGGGGUUUGAAUACAAACGGUGGCUCACACGCCGCAGCGAGCAGGACAUCCAGGCUAGGCGGCAGCGCGGCACGGAGAAGCGUUCCCCCAGGUGAGUCAAACACUGACCUGGAAAGAACUCGCGUCAGCACCAUUGUAUCCCAUACACGUGCGUGGCGCUGA